AUGUCGACCCCGUCAAUCUUGCCUCCCCAUCAUCCAAACUACGGACUAUCUCACCAUCAAAACUACCAAUCGAACGCCGGUUACAGUAGAGCAAACAAUCCCCUCUUGAACGGCGGGAGCCGGUUAGGAGCGUCAUAUCACUUCCCGACUCCGUCGAGUAACGGCACCUCAUCAAAUAGCAUUGGGGCACCAGAUCCCCCACGGCACAACGCGGCCCCAUCAUCAUUAUCAUCUACAAGACCCGAAAGCAAAACCGCCGCUAUGCCCGCAUCUUCGUCUGUAUCCUCGAAUACACAGAAUUCGAAGAAGCGACAGCGCUCGAGGGAACCAGCCGACUGGCACACUUUUUACAAGAAUGGUCUCCCCAAGGAGGUCAUUGUGAUCGAUGAUUCUCCCACCCCAGACCCAUCCGCAUCUGUCCUGUCAAAUGCCCCGCAAGCUCGGGCUGUAGCGGACGAGAGUAGUCGACACCCGGCAAAGAAGAGAAAGCGCGAUGACGUUGGUUCGGCCUACGAUCCAAUAUAUCAAAAUGGAGCCUCUAAUUCCAAUAAUCCGAGUCCCGAUUACAAAGACUCUGCGUCCGGCUCUACUAUUUCCACCGAUAGAACGACAUCAGCCAUCCAUACGACAGCAGCCACUUCAUUGGGCUCACAUUCCUCCAACGGGUACGAGGCUGCGGAAGCCCUGCCCGGCCAGAAGAGAAAGAGGACAGCAACAAGGCUUCAGAUUGCCAACGAAGCCAAGCGGAAAGAGCUUGAGGUGAACGGGGACGCAUACACGAAUUACAAACCCCCACCACGCCCACCCAUCAAGGCACCAGAUGUGGUUGUGAAGGUCGUCGCAGAUAAUUCCUACACAAAAAAUAGCAAAGUCGAUGAUGACGAUGGCCACUACAUCGUAGUGGCAGACACUGAUCUGACUGACAGAUAUCAGGUAACAAAACUUCUUGGCCAGGGAACAUUUGGCAAAGUUGUGCAAGCCAAAGACCGAAGAAGGAACAAACUCGUCGCCAUCAAAAUCAUAAGGUCUGUUCAGAAGUACCGGGAUGCUUCACGAAUAGAAUUACGGGUCCUCUCAACGCUGAAGGCCAACGACUCGGAGAACCGAAACCGAUGUAUACACCUCCGUGACUGUUUUGACUACCGAGGCCAUGUAUGCAUUGUCAUGGACUUGCUCGGGCAGAGUGUCUUUGAUUUCCUCAAGGGCAACUCUUUUGUUCCAUUCCCAAAUAGUCAGAUACAAAGUUUUGCGAGGCAACUCUUCACUAGUGUUGCUUUCUUGCACGACCUGAAUCUUAUCCACACUGACCUAAAACCGGAAAACAUUCUGCUGUGUGAGAAUGCCUACCAAGCUUUCACUUACAGUCGCCGGAUACCCUCAUCCUCCAGCACAGUCAAUCGACAAGCGGCUCAAAGGAAGGUUCUUUUGGACACAGAGAUUCGACUCAUCGACUUUGGCUCCGCAACAUUUCAAGAUGAAUACCAUUCUUCUGUUGUUUCAACACGUCAUUAUCGAGCCCCUGAAAUCAUACUGGGUCUUGGAUGGUCCUUCCCGUGUGAUAUUUGGAGUAUCGGGUGUAUUCUAGUGGAGUUCUUUACUGGGGACGCAUUGUUCCAAACACAUGACAAUCUCGAGCACCUGGCGAUGAUGGAAGCUGUUUGCGGUAGCAGAAUAGAUUCGCAUCUCAUCCAAACCGUCAACAACAUGUCGAAGCGCAGUGGAGGAAAUCAGGCCUCCAAAUUCUUCAAGCGAUUAAAGCUGGAUUAUCCACAGCCAGAGACAAGCAGAGCUUCUCGGCGUUUUGUGAAGGCUAUGAAGCGAUUAGAGACUAUCAUUCCAGAAAACAACAAAUUCUGUAGGAAUUUCUUAGAUCUUCUAAGGAAGAUCUUCGUUUACGACCCUGCUGAACGUAUCACCGCGAAGCAAGCCCUCCAGCAUCCUUGGUUUAAGGAAGCGGCAACUCCAGAUGAUGGAACAGAAGCUACCAAGAUUCGUUUGCAAAGACAACAGCAGGCGGAAGAAGCUGUUGCAACCGCUACGGCGGCUGCCAAUCUGAGAGUUAAUGGAUACCGCCAUUGA